ACGACCGAAUGGCAGCGUUUACGCAGAGCUUCUUCUCACCUGCACUUGAACGCAACACAAGUUCCCACCUUGCUUUGCAGCGCUAGUCUGCAAAAUUAAAGUCCACGUCAAUCGCGUCAUGGUUUGGCUUUUUGCGGCUGCUUCGGUUCUGGUCGUGGAUCUGGAUCAUCACCAACAGCAUUCAGGGCCCAUGCAGGCUCUCGGGGGGACCCGGUCACCUCAGAGGGAGGAUUUUUGUCAGUGAGUGUUUUUGGCUGGUCUUGAAGAUGGAAUAUGCAGUCUCCUAAAGUCCAACACGCUGCUGGACGCCAAAUGAUGGCAACAUGUUGGACCUCUGACGCGCUGGACCUGUUCCUGUGGACCACUGAGGCGGGUGUGGAUGCUUGAAAUUGUUUUGAAGAGAACACUGAGCAUUGAUUGUUAUUGUUUAUAAAAAAAAGAACAUAAUUAAUUGUGAUAAUUGCAUAAGAUAAAGUAUGGAGCACACCGGCAUCGAGGAGGUGAACCAAACCCACCAGCAGCAGCACGAACCCAUCAGCUUCGGGAUCGACCAGAUCCUCAACAGUUCGGACCAGUCCAGCGGCUGCAUGCUGCCGAACAGGACCGGGGACACGGACUACUCGCUGGCCGCCUCCAACGUCUACAGCAACGGCUACAACAACGUGUACAACCCGGCCUGCUCCAUGGGCCUGGCGGGUUCCUACAACGUCAACAUGAACAUGAACGUCAGCAUGAACAUGAACGUCAACGUCAACUCCGCCGGCGCCGGCGGGGUGAUCCGGGUUCCGGCUCACAGGCCCAUGCCGCCCCCGACUGCUCCCGCAGCCGCCGCAGCAGCAGCAGCCGCCCCUCAUCAGCCGCCCUCCGCGCACCCGGGCGGCAUCGGGCCUGCCGGGAUACCACCCGUGCCCGGCAUGGGCCCGAUGGGGAACGCCAAUUUCACCUUCCCGUGGAUGGAGAGCAGCAGGAGGUUUGCCAAGGACAGAUUAACAGGGGAGCAGGCAGAGGAGAGCCGAGCGCGAGAGGCCGCAGGGGGGGCGGGGGCGGCCGGGCCCCUCUGCCCUCUCCCCAAGGGAGACAUCGGCAGGGUCCCCGUCUGGAGCACGGUGGAGACUUUAACUAAAUGCUAUUACCCCGAGCUCGCUCACCUGCGAGACGGCAAUGGCCUUCUUGCAGACUAUUCUUUCCCAAAGGGGGCUUGCCCAGCCGCCUUGUCACCGUUCUCGGUGACACGCCGCAUCGGCCACCCGUACCAGAACCGGACGCCCCCCAAGAGAAAAAAGCCUCGCACGUCCUUCAGUCGGGUGCAGAUCUGCGAGCUGGAGAAGCGCUUCCAUCGUCAAAAGUACCUGGCAUCGGCCGAGCGCGCCACCUUGGCCAAGGCCCUUAAGAUGACGGACGCGCAGGUCAAGACGUGGUUCCAGAACCGGCGAACAAAAUGGCGGCGACAGACGGCGGAGGAGAGAGAGGCGGAGCGGCAGCAGGCCAACCGUCUCAUGCUGCAGCUCCAGCAAGAAGCCUUCCAGAAGACCCUGAGCCAGCCUCUGCAGCCGGACCCGCUCUGCCUGCACAACUCCUCCCUCUACGCCCUGCAGAACCUGCAGCCCUGGGCCGAAGACAAUAAGGUGACCUCCGUCACCUCCGUGGCAUCUGUUGUGUGAAUGUGAGCGUGAUUGUGGGCGGGACGUAGACCGUGCGUCCCGGCUGGGGGGGGUCGGUUCGCCGCCAAGGAGCUGCGCUGACAUUGAAGAUGCACUGUAAAUAUGUGUUGAGUCAAUUUCCUGCCUUACACAACGUUUCCGCUUUCCCUUCAGCUGACGGUCUAAAAAAGGGAGGACGGGCGCUUUAUCCCUAAGUGCCGCACACCUAACUAAUGGACACCUGUGUACAUGCCCACCUAUCAAGACCGAACCCCUCCCUCUUCCCUUUUUACUUCUGGAACCUUCAAGGAGGACGCAGAGACUUUCUGCCCAUAGCUGCAAAAAAUUGAAAAAAAAAGAGGCCUGGUUUCUCCCUUUUGACUUUGUACAACGUAGCAAAUGCAUGUUUAUGUCCUUUUCUGUAUGCUGCUGUCGAGGCGCCACGCCGCGCCGCCACGGGCGGUACUCCUCAUCACGGACUCCUCACGAUGGUCCAUUUAAAGGGUGUUUUAUAUUAAAUCAUAUUGUGACUUUUUUUCCAAAGGCUUUCUCUCGCCUCUUUGUGUCUCAUUGGCUUCGUACACAACAUCGA